CAUCCUGUCUUCCUCGGCAGGGCGCUAAAAUUACAUUUAGUGAGAAAGACAGGGAUCAUGGAUAUUGGUGCAACUACAGAAUUACUUCUGGUUUUGAAAGCGUGCCUCUUUUUUGUUAUAGCGACUGCUGUUCUUGGAGCUCUCAACUCAGAACACGCUGCUCCAGGGAACAUUAAUAUUCGUCAUGGUGGAAGAAAACUUGCUGAAAUUCCAGGUUUCAUCAGCAUUGCGUGUGGUAGAAAUGAAGAUAAUUACAUUGACCCGACAGGUAUUCCUUACACGUCAGAUAAAGGAUUUAUAGAUACUGGAAUAGCUGAAACGGCGUCUGGAAAUUAUGAUGAUCCGCUGAAAAAUACAUUGAGAAGUUUUCCUCAAGGAAAAAGGAAUUGUUACACCCUGCGACCUAAUGAAGGCAAAAACAACAAGUACUUGAUCAGAGCCAAAUUCGCGUAUGGAAAUUAUGAUGGCAAAGUCGAGGGCCCAGUAUUUGACCUGUAUCUUGGGGUUAAUAAGUGGACAACAGUAUACAAUACGUAUCCAAGGUGUUAUGAGAUAAUUCACGUAGCUUCGAGGGAUUACAUAGACGUUUGUCUUGUGAACAUUGGCCAAGGUGUACCCUUCAUUACAUCGUUGGAGCUACGGCAUUUGGACUCUUCCAUGUAUCGCAUCGCGAGCGGGGCAUUGUCAACGUUUGGGCGAAGUGAUGUUGGCAGAACAGGCAGUGUGAUCAGGUAUCCAGACGAUGCGUAUGAUCGGUACUGGUACCCUUCAGUAGAAGAUGAUUGGAUUGAAAUUGCCUCUAGCUCGACCAUUUACGCGGUGUCCAGCAGUGAUGAAGCUUAUGGAUUGCCAGCUGAAGUGAUGAAGACUGCUGCCAAAACACAGAACGCGAGCAUUCCCUUACAAGCUUACUUCACGGGGCUAGAUCCUCUUUCAAAAUUUUAUUGUUACUUUCAUUUCGCUGAGGUUGAGAAACUUGAACCUGGCCAGCAGCGAGAAUUGACAAUUUCUUUGAAUGGUCAACGCUAUUUGACAGAAUCUGUUAAACUUGAUUAUCUAAAUCCACAUACAACGGUCCUAGAUAAUCCGCCAAUUACAGGAGCGCCGACGUUUUACUUCUCAAUAAAUGCGGCUCAGGGAACUUAUCUUCCUCCAAUCCUCAACGCCUAUGAGAUUUUCAAGUGGGUAGAGCUACCAAAUGAACCAACUGCCAAAGAGGACGUUCAAGCUAUCAUGGAAAUCAAGGCACGCUACAACGUGACUAGAAACUGGCAAGGCGAUCCAUGUGUUCCAAGUGAAUACUCGUGGGAUGGUUUAAACUGCACUAAUGACAAUCAUCCAAGGAUCAUCUCAUUGAACUUGAGCUCAAGCAAAUUGACAGGGGAUAUCACUACUUCAUUCUCCAAGCUCGAACAACUGCAGUCCUUAGAUUUGUCAUUUAACAACUUAACUGGGCCACUGCCACCAGUUUUGGAACAGCUACCUAAUUUAAACUGUCUGUAUUUAAAGGGGAACAAUUUCACAGGUUCAAUUCCUGAGGCUCUUCUGGAACAGUUUAGGAAUGGAAAAUUGGACUUAGAUCUUUGUCUAUACACUCCAUGUAAGGGAAAGAAGAAAAAGGAGUUUGUCAUUCCAGUUCUUGCAUCGUCUAUAACAGCAGUCUCCAUCCUUCUCUUCAUCGUUAGUGUUCUUGCUAUAUAUAGAAGGAAAAGAGGAUCAGACAGGGUUACCAAAUCCACCAUCAAAUCAAAGAAUCGACAAUAUAGCUACUAUGAGGUUGUCAAGAUAACCAAUAACUUCAAAAACAUCAUUGGAAAAGGAGGAUUUGGAAAUGUGUACCUCGGCAAAUUGAAAGAUGAAACUCAAGUUGCUGUUAAGUUUCUCUCUCCUUCAUCAAACCAAGGGUACAAGGAAUUUAGAGCGGAGGCACAGCUGUUAAUGGUAGUUCAUCAUAGAAACUUGGUUACUCUUGUUGGAUACUGUGAUGACAGUGAAAACAAGGCGCUCAUAUACGAGUACAUGGCCAACGGGAAUUUACAGCAGCAUUUGUCAGUGACAAACCCAAAUGUCUUAACAUGGAAUGAGCGACUUUGUAUUGCAGUGGACAUAGCACACGGGUUGGAUUAUCUACAUAAUGGUUGCAAGCCACCUAUCAUCCACAGAGAUUUAAAACCGUCCAACAUCCUACUAAACGAAUACAUGCAAGCCAAGUUGGCUGAUUUUGGGCUUUCUAGAGCCCUUGCCAACGAAAGUGAUUCCCACGUGUCAACUUGCCCAGCUGGCACUUUGGGAUACCUGGAUACAGAAUUUGCAAUAUCUGGAAACUUCAACAAGAAAAGUGACGUCUAUAGCUUUGGGAUUAUUUUGUUUGAGCUUAUAACUGGUCGCCCUGCAAUAAUAAGAGGACCUAUGCUAAACAAUCACAUACUCGACUGGGUUUAUCCUUUGAUUGAAAGGGCAGAUAUCCAAAACAUUGUUGAUCCAAGACUAGAAGGAGAAUUCAACACCAAUUCUGCCUGGAAAUUUGUGGAAAUAGCCAUGUUGUGCACACUAUCGGUUGCAAUCCAAAGGCCAGACAUGAGUCAGGUAUUGGCAGAACUGAAAGAAUGUUUGGCUCUGGUAAUGACUCGUGGGAGAAGCCAAUCGAUGGCACUUGAGUGCAGAACUUCAGGCAUGCCACACAACUCGUUUCAUUUGGAGCUAGAAUCAGAAAUUGCUCCCGUCGCCGGAUAGUUACUGAACAAACUAUGCUCAAAAGUUCUUUGUAUGCAAUAUGACAAGUCUGUUUGAAGACCUUAUUAUAUCCUAGUUUCGUAUGGCUGUCUUUUCUUCAAUCGAGUAUGAGAGCGAAUACUAUUAUGCAUUUCCACAGCUUUCCAGGUUUUAUUGGACUUAUAAAGUACAAUGAUUACUAGUCUCAUGUAUUUUGGACGUGUCUGAAACAAUGUUUGAAAAUCCAUAGAUACUAAUAUACAUUAUGUAGAGGAAGCUGAAUAGAUUUUAUGCGACAAUACUAAGGGAACAAUUAGUGUUGCAA